AUGCACGCAGUUUCUAAGGUGUAUCCUAUUGUUCCUCAUUUGGCUUGUAUAUGGCAUUUGUGGAAAAAUGUGACAAAGCAAUACAUAACAAACAGUGAGGUGUUGAGUCCUAUAUUUUAUUCACUGGCAAAGGCAUACACCCAGGAUGAGUGCGAUAAAUUGAUGGAGAAGAUUGGGAAUGUUGAUAUUCGGGUAAAACGAUACCUAGAAGAUGCUGGAAGGGAUAAAUGGUCUAGGCUUUAUUCACCUGUUAACAGAGGAUGGACAAUGACUUCGAAUAUAGCCGAAUGUAUUAAUGGAAAACUGGUUGCUGCAAGAGAGUUACAUAAUUUUGAUUUCCUUAAAGAAGUGAGGAAGAUGUUAAUGCUUGUUUAUUGGUUAAAUGGUUAUCAGGUUGAAGCGUUAACUGAAUAUGUUUACACAGUGAAUGAUGGACCGAGGCGUUGCAUAAUCGAUUUGAAGAAGAAAACUUGCAGCUGUAGGAUGUUCCAACUGGACGAGAUACUGUGUUCUCAUGCAUGGGCAGUAUUGAAAAAUAAAAAUUUGACUGCUGAUGCAUAUUAUUCGGAAUUAUUCAAGCCAGAAACAGUUGUGAACACAUAUGAUGUGCCGGUUGAUCCUCUUCCUGAUAAGACCGAGUGGAAUGUUCCUAAAAGUAUAUCAGAUGAAGUUGUUAUGCCACCGAUCUAUAAGAGACCCCUGGGAGGCCAAAAAAGAGGAGGGACAAGCCAUUACAGGAGUUGA